AUGCCAUUCGAGUUUGAGCUCCCCAGCAAGCCUGUGCUUGUGGCUGGCGGGUUCGGAGGUCCUGCUGUGAUGUUCAUCGUGACACCGUUCCGAAAUGGACUCACUCUUGGCGCCUCCAGUCCCGCAAGUGCUAUUAAGCUCUACCAGGAGGUUUUUGCACAAGGCUUUGCCAAGGGCUGGACCGGUGGUGCGUUUACAGCAAGGGCUGCGUGCCCGCAGUUUUUAUGCUUAGGUCCAGCAUACCACUUCUAUGCCUCCUUCUCUGGUGUCGGCGGUGGUGUGCUCCUCACCAGCCUCACAGAGACCUUGAUUGUCUAUGGCGCGGAGACAAAGAAUGCGCAGCUCGCCAUGAAUCAGAAGAGUCCUGGCAGCAUACCUUCUGUCCAUCCGUCAUGGAAGCCUUUCGGCCCUGGAUUCGGCAUCCACGUCUUCAGGAAUGUGAUUGCCACGGCAGGUCUCCGCAUGUUCUGUACCCCUUGCACAACCGCCAUUGAGAAGGUGAGUGGCACCAGCAACUCCAUGACCACUUUGGCGGGUGAUUUUGCAGGAAACGUUUGCGCUGCGUGUCUAUCGGCACCUGUCCAUCAGCUUUAUGGGUACGCAGUAACAACGCCUGAGCUGAGGACUCUUCCUGCUUCAGAACAGAGGGAAAAGAUGGUUUCGUUCUUGAAAAAACAGUACUUGGACACAUCUGGUGGAAGGACAAGGCUCAGUGGGCUGGUGCCACGAGAUCUCUUCAUGCGGAGCAUGUACGUGGCAGUGGCCUACACCAUGUACUCCACUGUCGAGCGAACUUUGGUGGCCAAUUGGCCUCAAUGA